UUAUUUUAUUUAUUAUCAUUUUGUGUUAUAAAUAUUCUCUAUUCAACAUAAAAAGAGGAGAAAUCCAUAUUAGUCUCUCAUUAUACAUAUAUUCUCUGAUUAGGAUCAUAUAUUGAAAACAAAAGAAGUGUGUGAUGCUCGAGUCGGCCUCUACUGACCUACCAGUUGCUUCAUUACCUCAUUCUCUAUCAGACAUUGAUACUUCUUCAAAGUUACCAACAACAACAACUAUAACAACAACAACAACAACAAAAACAUCUUCUUCAGCUUGUAUAAACUAUGGAACAACAGCAGGAAUUACCGCUCCUCCUAAAAGAGGUCAUAAAUACCAUGUAGCAAGUGCUUGUGUCAAUUGCAAAAAAGCUCAUCUUGCUUGUGAUGCUUCAAGGCCUUGUAAACGAUGUGUCUCAUUAGGAAAAACAGAUAGUUGCCUGGAUAUCAAACAUAAGAAACGUGGAAGACCUAAAUUACAAGAUAAGAAAGCAGUUAUGACAACUAAGGAAAAAUAUGAAAUUAUGCAUGGUACCAUUCAAACACCCACUUUCGCCAGCAGCAUCUCCACUAAUGGAAACAACGUUAACAACAACCAGCAAGUGCAACCUAUGGAUAAGGCUAUACCACCAAAACAAAUAUCAUUUCGUCAUCAACCUAUUGAAGCUUUUCAACAAUCGACUAAUAAUAAUAAUAAAGGGGGACAACUUACAACAGAAGCAAUACAGCUUGUACCUAUUGAAUUGACACCAUCGAUGGAACAGCCUGAAUUGACAAUCGAUACUUCAUCUUCUUCAUUAUCAUCAUCACCGUCAUCAUCAACACUAUCGACAUCAACAUCAUCAUCAUCUCUUCUUAUACCUCCUAUGAAAAUGACUCUAAUCUUAUCCAUGGAAAUUUGCUGUGCAAGGAUACCAGAUGAUAUUAUCAAAACCUGGGGAUAUUAUCCACAAGAACUAGCGCAUCGUUCAAUGUAUGAUUUUGUGGCAGUAGAAGAUACAGAUCGACUUUCUCGUUUACAUCGACAAUUAUUGGAUAAAGUUGUACAAGUGGCAUCCGAAAAGAAUCCUUCACAACAACAUCAAACUCCUCCUCCUACUGAACGAACAACAAGUGAUCUCUUUCAUCAGAAACAACUUGACGAAUUAGCGACAAUAGCAAAUGGAUCUCCAACUAUCAAUGAUACCUUACAUAUCAAAACUCGAUCUGGACCAAAAGAACUUUAUGAUAUAUGCGUCUUUAUGGGUGGUGGUUUCGGUGGCGAUCUUGAUGAUCCAUCUACGUUAUCGAAACUUUACAUUGUCAUGACCUGUCAAAAACAUAGCACACUGGAAAAACAACAGCAACAACAAAGACAACAAUCGGGACAACAUCAAUGGCCUAUACGUAUAUCACAACAAUCACAACGAGUUCCAGUCAUCAACCGAGCAAUUGCACCACUGUUAUCUCCUGCAAACAAAUCUACAUCAUCUCGACUUACCACCAAUCGAUAUGCUUUCCAUGGUAAUAGGCCUAUUCAACCUGCACCACAUGAUCUACGACACGUCUCUUUACCAGCUCAUUUUGCCAACAAUUCAAAGUUGAAUACCAUCUCCUUUCGUGGUUACCAAGAAACUCCAAAGAUCAACAUUGCUCCGUCAACAUUACGUUUGGAUGAUAAUCAGCAAUCAUCUUCCAAGCCUUCUUCAACAUCAUCCUCCAAAUCAUCCAACUCAUCGACAUCAACAUCUUAUACGUAUUUUCGACCUAUAGCAUCAGCAUCUGUACAAAAACCAUCUACCAAUGAUCAACCUUUCGCCACUAUUGCUUAUCGAUAUGUUCCACAUAGUUCUCCUGGACCACAACCAUCACCAACAGUGACGCAUCCUACAACCCAAUACUUUUUACAAACAUCAAGUAGUACACUCAAUGCUGCCGCCUCUGCUGUUCAAGAUCAUUCUCGUUCAUCAUCCCAUCAACCUACUGGCUCAUCCUCUGAGGUCACACCAUCAAAAAAGCAAGGCAUUAGCAUUAGGUCUUUGCUUUGUUAAAUUAUAU